CAGCGUCAGCCUAGCUAAGAGACCCUCCUCCAACUCUGCCUUAGACGGAAGAGUCAGAACAGUGCAAAGCAGCCGGGCAGCAGAUGUUGGAGCAAAAAGGAAGGAAUCCUGGCUUGAUCAGGGUCUUAGAAAGUGGCUGAUGCCUCAGAAGUAUGUGAAGUCUCCGCUGGGAUGGACAGAAUAAGGCUGUUUUCAUUGUCUGCAAGUGAGCUGAUGGGGAGCCAGAUCCUGUGACAGAGCAGGAAGUUGUUGCAAGUUACAGCCAGAGGUACUUUCCUUUCCAUUUCCAACAGAGAAAAGGGCCCAGGGAUGACACUGUGCAGGGGAGCUUGUUCAGGGAGUUCACUGACCAGCAAUAUUCAGUCUGAAGAAGAGGAAAUCCACUUUAAACAGUUAAUCAGGAUCCAGAUGAUGACGGUGUCUAACACAGAACAGCUGCAGUUCAUAGAGAGCUGCGGAACUUUACCCUGAAAGUCAGUUUUCUUUUACUUUUUCAAAGUCUUCGUUUGCUCCAGUGAUCUGACCAGCACUCGUGAUUGGGGUUGGAAUCUUCUCCACUAAUCUAUCUAAGAACUUUCGUGAGAGCUGCAUAUCACCUCCUGCUACUCCUUUUGAAAAGAGCCCUUUGCUUUGGCAUUUGACUCCCAGCCUCUCUCACCAUUUCCCCUUUCUUCAACUUUGCCAAUGUCUAUAGAGCCUUUCACCAUGGCCAAGCUUCUUGACUUGCUCACGUACAAUAGAAUCUGAAAACUGAACUGUACAAAAAGUGAGCAGGUAUGGCAAAUUCCUCCAGGGGUGGAGAUCCGAAUGCCACCUGCAUUGGAACAAGUAACGGCUCCUGCUACCACAACACUACCAACUCCAUAUUCUAUGAACAGUCCCCGGACUUCUAUGUCGUCCUCCCUGUGAUCUAUUCUGUCAUCUGUGCUGUGGGUCUGACAGGAAACACAGCUGUCAUCUAUGUGAUCCUCAAAGCCCCUAAGAUGAAGACAGUCACCAACAUGUUCAUCCUGAACUUGGCCAUAGCUGAUGACUUGUUCACUCUGGUCCUGCCCAUUAAUAUUGCAGAACACCUCUUGCACUACUGGCCCUUUGGAGAAAUCCUCUGCAAAGUGAUCCUGUCAAUAGAUCACUACAAUAUUUUCUCCAGCAUUUACUUUCUCACUGUGAUGAGCAUAGACAGAUACCUGGUGGUUCUGGCUACCGUCAGGUCGAAGCGGAUGCCGCAUCGUACCUACCGUGCGGCUCGCAUCGUGAGCUUCGGCAUUUGGCUCCUAGUCACUCUCAUCGUUUCCCCUUUCUUCGUCUUCGCCAAUGUCUAUAAAGACAACUUGGACAUCAAAAGCUGUGCACUCAAUUUCCCAAGGCCUGAAAGGGCUUGGUUCAAAGCCAGUAGGAUCUACACCCUCAUCCUGGGCUUUGCCAUACCUGUGUCUACCAUCUGCAUUCUUUACACAAUGAUGCUGUAUAAACUAAGAAACAUGCAUUUGAACUCCAAUGCUAGAGCCCUAGACAAAGCCAAAAAGAAAGUCACCAUCAUGGUCUUUAUUGUCCUGGCUGUGUGUCUUUUCUGCUGGACUCCGUUUCAUUUGGCCACCAUCGUGGCUCUGACCACCGACGUGCCGCAGACCUCCGUGGUCAUUGGCAUCUCCUACUUCAUCACGAGUCUGAGUUAUGCCAAUUCUUGCUUGAAUCCCUUCUUGUAUGCCUUCCUGGAUGACAGCUUUCGGAAAAGUUUCAGAAAGAUGCUUGAAUGCAGAGCUGCUUAGAAUGUUGCCUGAGCUUUUCAGAGAUUUGUUAGGGGUGCUUUUCAUAUGCCAUGGCUUUAGUGGCAAGUCUCGCAGACUUUUGUCUGUCUGAAGAACUUUACUGUGGCGUGUAUUUUUGUUUUCUGUUUACUGUGUCUGUCUGGAGGCUGACU